AUGACACUUGAUACCACUACACCACCAAAGCCAAAGCAGAAACGUAGCAGAAAACUACCACGACGAGCCAUAUUGGAUGCAGACUUUGUUGUGCCGUCCUCUCAACGUGUCAUUGACCAUCUUUUGCUAGAACGAGCUCCAUCACAACACGACAGAGUCAUUUUAUCAGAAUUAUGGGGAGGAAACGAUUCACAUUUCCAGAAGAGCAUUAUGCCUGCCGUCAGUAUUGGAAAGCCAAAGAGGUCUUUACAUGGCGAUACACUCGCAAAACCAAAGACUUACAAGGACAUGCUCAAGGAGAAACACAAGGAUGAAUGGGCAAUGGAUUGGAGCAACGUGACAUUUGUUCCUCCAACAGCUAAAGGAAGGCAUAUCCGUUCGAGUAGUGAAAGCACACCACCUGUUACUGAGGCAUCGGAUGAGAGUGCUUCAGAACCGGGAACUGACAGCGUGGCGCCAUUAGAUGAAAGCGAUGUUCUUGUGGAUCAGCUCAAACACCAGAAAUCACAAACUGCGGACAGCGACAAAACUGAACAUGCACUUGUUAAGGGCAAAUCUGAAAAGUCAGUAAACAGCACAGAAGACACAUCAUCAAUACACACUAUGAAUGAUACUGGUAAAAACAAAGAACACAAUCACCAAGACAAAGCAAGCUCAAUUCCUGCCAUUGAUUACAAUGCAAAUAACCGACAAGACACUGGGAACAUGAACAAAGCAUCAAUCAACACAUCUGCGGACGAAACGGUAAUGAAUGAGACGGAUGAACAACAUGACGAACACAUGGAACAGGACAAUGGCUAUAUGCCGGGCUAUAGCGACGAUGAAUGCAUGGUGGAUCAAGAUAUAGUGAAACAGUUACAACACAUGCCUGUGGUCGCUGACCAAAAUGAAGGUGGAGCGAAUGAUUUAAGCCAAUCCGAAAUAGCUCCAACAACAAAAGACAAUACAACAUCAAAAGAGGAAAUCUCUCAGGAACCGCAGACAGCUGAGACAAAUCCAAGUAUUAGCAGUAGCACUGACAACAUCCACGAACAGCGGGUGGUUCCAGAGGCUUGUUUGAUUAGCAGCAAAGUCGGUGACGAUGAUGUCCUUCAUCAAAACGAGCUGAAUCAAAUGGAAAUUCCACUAUCCCUCGAUUUAACCGCCGGCAGCCCACAGCUGAGCCCAAUACCGGCAAAAGAUCAACAAGAAACACAUCUCAAUAUACCACCUGAUGAUACAACAGUGCCAUCCAAUGACGACAAAUCAGAGAGCGAUGAAGAUCAAGAACUGAUGGAUAUUGAACAGGAUGAGGAAGAGCAACCAUUGGAGACCGCAGCUCCGGUGUCACGGCAGAUGCUUGUUUCUGGAACUCAAAAUAGCGCCAUGAUUAGUGAUAAGGUGUCUCAAAUACAAGCGAAAAAGCCACUCUUGAAUCUGGAUCAGCCAGUGUAUGAGGAAACAAAUUUGAUUAUCAAAUCAAACCCCAAAAUUAUCAAGAAAUGGCAGCCAAAUCAAAAGCAUCAUCGCAUACUGAAUGUGUUGAAAAGUACAACGGCAUUGAAUUGGAUUGAAGAUGGACAUGACGAUAUGCACAAGAAGGAUAUUGGGUUCAUAAGGAAACGCCAAUUGGAGGCGAGAUUCAGUAAGCCAUUUGUUACCAAGAAACGUAUCAAAAAUUGCUGGUUCGUAGAGAUAAAGUAA